AUUCACAGGACAGGCAGUAGUACCGAUGCGGCGCUGCGACGUUACAGUUUCCGACACCUUCUUUUUAUAACUCGGCUCUAUCCCACAGCACUCGACCUGUGAAAACCACGCCUAUGCAGCCACACAAUUGGUCCGAAAGCGUCAAAGAGCCAAUCAAGAGGCCUCCGACUCCCCGCAGCCCACAGCAGAGCCCGACCUUCUAGAGCCGCCGAGCAGACGCCCGGGGAAUUCUAGAGGCGGAGGAGGGUGGCGCGGAGCUCUGGUUCGCUUUCUCUCGCUCCCUCCCUCUACUCGCUCCCUCGCCCAUUCCGUCUCUCUCUCUCUCCCUUCUCAUUUCCCCCCCUAAAUCCUCCCUGCCCUGCGCGUCUGGACGCAGAUUUAGGAAGCAAAUUCGCUCACGUUUUAGGACAAGGAAGACAGGCGCGGGAGAAGAGGAGGCAAGAUUCGGACUGGAACCCAGAGACACCCCUCCGGAGGCGCAGAGGAAGGAGGAGGACGGCGGACGGAAGCCAGUUUGCAGUUCAAGUUUUGAUAGCACUGGUAGAAGAGGGCUUCAAUCGGAGAUUUUUUUUCCUUUUUUUUUUAAAGGAGAGACUUUUUCCGCGCUCUGCUCACUGCUGAAGCCGGGUCUAGCGCAGUUUCAGACGCCUCCUUCGAGAAAGAGGGAGAGGACGGGAGAUAGGGGAACGCGGGAAGGAGAAGGAGAAAGAAAAGGCAAAAAGUCUCCGCGGACAACCGUCCGCAUUUGCAACAAAGAACUAGGGGCUGGAGCGAUUCCGGGGACCAAGGUCUGGAGUGUGUCUGUUCCAAGCGAAGCGGCAGGGCUUGGGAGCGGGUGGAGACCCCGCUCGUUCCCCUCGCCUCGGAAACCGACUUCCAGGAGCGCCUUUUAGAAACGCCAGGCUCCAGGACGGUCACCCAGGCGACUAUGUCUGCUGAUUUCUCGCCUUGCCCUCUUUAAAGCGGCAUUCUCCUCCCCAAAAAGACACUCCUCCCCCCCCGACCUUAGAAGUGCUUUAGUUGUGAUUCUCCCCCACUUUUUUUCUUUUCUUUCUUUUUUUUUAAAAGUAUGUGCUGCUGUUAAAACAAAACAAAACAAAACAGCAGCUGCGGACUUGUCCCCGGCUGGAGCCCAGCACCCCGCCUGGAGUGGAUGAGCUUCUCCAUGAGAGAUCCGGUCAUUCCUGGGACAAGCAUGGCCUACCAUCCGUUCCUACCUCACCGGGCGCCGGACUUCGCCAUGAGCGCGGUGCUGGGUCACCAGCCGCCCUUCUUCCCCGCGCUGACGCUGCCUCCCAACGGCGCCGCGGCGCUUUCGCUGCCGGGCGCCCUGGCCAAGCCGAUCAUGGAUCAAUUGGUGGGGGCGGCCGAGACCGGCAUCCCUUUCUCGUCCCUGGGGCCCCAGGCGCAUCUGAGGCCUCUGAAGACCAUGGAGCCCGAAGAAGAGGUGGAGGAUGACCCCAAGGUGCAUCUCGAGGCCAAAGAACUUUGGGAUCAGUUCCACAAGCGGGGCACCGAGAUGGUCAUUACCAAGUCCGGAAGGCGAAUGUUUCCUCCUUUUAAAGUAAGAUGUUCUGGGCUGGAUAAAAAAGCCAAAUAUAUUUUGCUGAUGGACAUUAUAGCUGCUGAUGACUGUCGAUAUAAAUUUCACAAUUCUCGGUGGAUGGUGGCCGGUAAGGCUGACCCUGAAAUGCCAAAGAGAAUGUACAUUCACCCAGACAGCCCUGCUACAGGGGAACAGUGGAUGUCCAAAGUUGUCACUUUCCACAAACUGAAACUCACCAACAACAUCUCCGACAAACACGGAUUUACUUUGGCCUUCCCAAGUGAUCACGCAACGUGGCAGGGGAAUUAUAGUUUUGGUACUCAGACUAUAUUGAACUCCAUGCACAAAUACCAGCCCCGGUUCCACAUUGUGAGAGCCAAUGACAUCUUGAAACUUCCUUAUAGUACAUUUCGGACAUACUUGUUCCCUGAAACCGAAUUCAUCGCUGUGACGGCAUACCAGAAUGAUAAGAUAACUCAGUUAAAAAUAGACAACAACCCUUUCGCAAAAGGUUUCCGGGACACUGGAAAUGGCAGGAGAGAAAAAAGAAAACAGCUCACCCUGCAGUCCAUGAGAGUGUUCGAUGACAGGCACAAAAAGGAGAAUGGCACUUCUGAUGAGUCCUCAAGUGAACAGGCAGCCUUCAACUGCUUUGCUCAGUCCUCAUCUCCAGCUGUCUCCACUGUAGGAACAUCGAACCUCAAAGAUCUGUGUCCUAGCGAGGGUGAGAGCGACGCGGAGGCAGAGAGCAAAGAGGAGCACGGCCCGGAGGCCUGCGACGCAGCCAAGAUCUCCACCACCACGUCGGAGGAGCCGUGCCGCGACAAGGGCAGCCCGGCGGUCAAGUCGCACCUCUUCGCGGCUGAUCCCGGUGGCCGGUCCCGGGACAGCGGGCGACUGGACAAGGCGUCGCCCGACUCGCGCCACAGCCCGGCCACCAUCUCGUCCAGCACCCGCGGCCUGGGCUCCGAGGAGCGCCGGAGCCCGGGCCGCGAUGGCGCGGCCACGUCCAAGGCCGAGGAGGCGCGCACGCUGCCGGGCAAGGAGGCCUUCGCGCCGCUCACCGUGCAGACGGACGCGGCCACCGCGCACCUGGGCCAGGGUCCUCUGCCCGGCCUUGGCUUCGCCCCGGGCCUAGCCGGCCAGCAGUUCUUCAACGGGCACCCUCUCUUCCUGCACCCCGGCCAGUUCGCCAUGGGGGGCGCCUUCUCCAGCAUGGCAGCAGGCAUGGGGCCCCUGCUGGCCACCGUGUCCGGGGCUUCCACCGGUGUCUCUGGCCUGGAUUCCACUGCCAUGGCCUCUGCCGCCGCGGCACAGGGACUGUCUGGGGCGUCGGCGGCCACCCUGCCCUUCCACCUCCAGCAGCAUGUCCUGGCCUCUCAGGGCCUGGCCAUGUCGCCUUUCGGAAGCCUGUUCCCUUACCCCUACACGUACAUGGCUGCGGCGGCGGCUGCCUCCUCUGCAGCGGCCUCGAGCUCCGUGCACCGCCACCCCUUCCUCAACCUGAACGCCGUGCGCCCGCGGCUGCGCUACAGCCCCUACUCCAUCCCCAUGCCGGUCCCGGACAGCAGCAGCCUGCUCACCACCGCCCUGCCGUCCGUGGCCGCUGCCGCGGGGCCCCUGGACGGCAAAGCCGCCGCCCUGGCCGCCAGCCCGGCCUCGGUGGCCGUGGACUCAGGCUCGGAACUCAACAGUCGCUCCUCCACGCUCUCCUCCAGCUCCGUGUCCUUGUCGCCCAAACUCUGCCCUGAGAAGGAGGCAGCCACCAGCGAACUGCAGAGCAUCCAGCGGUUGGUCAGCGGCUUGGAAGCCAAGCCAGACAGGUCCCGCAGCGCGUCCCCAUAAGUCCCUCCCCAGAAAAGCCUCUUCAUUCCAUUCUACUCAAGUCUGCAGUGCACUUUGUUGGAUGUAAAAUAAACCACCGGCGUGCAGUGAGAUUAGCCCUUCUUUAUGUCUGGGAAGGGGUGCUGGACUCCCUCGAGAGAAUGUGCUAGAAUCAGGCCCUGUCUUCUUGGAGGGGUUUAUAUAUCCAGGAUCUGGCUGAGAUUCUGGGGCUCGGAAAUGUCUGUUGCAUUGAGCUUACUGGCGGUGGGAGUUAGAGCAUGUAUGUCCAGAGCAUCUCCAGCCAGGCUGGUCUGGUUGCUGUGGGAAGAAAAAGGUAGCCUGGCCCAGUAGGAGGGAGGUGUUGAAAGGCUUCUCCCCAGUGCAGAUUUAUAUAUAUAUAUAUAUUUUUUUUUUCCUUCACCAUGUCAAGUAGAAACAAAAACAAGACAAAAAAAAAUACCCGGGACAGAUGAAUACAUUCACAUGAUUUAAUGUGAAGAUCAAAAACUUUAUAGUGACUUGCAUAUCAGUUCUAAAUAAAUGACUGAGCAGCAUUGUUUGUGGGAGGGAAGUCGCUGCCAUCCUUGUUUAGUCUCUAUUAAGGAAAUCUGUGUCUUUUUAAUCUUGUGAUGUUUUAAGAGCCGCUAUAGGUCUCUUCUUGCAUGUUCCACAGUAAUGUAUGUGUGGUCUUUUAUUUUGGAUGCUUGCUUUUAGAGAGAAAAGAACAUAACCCAUACCCUUUCCCCCAUUCUCCACCCUCGGAAUGGCAACACCCAGGGGGGAGGUUUUAAGGGGAAUGGGUGGGGAAGACACAGAAAAUGAAUUUAUUUUAUCUAAGCUCUGUGGCAGGAUUCCUGGCUCUCUUUGGCCGUUCUUUCUCUUUCCUGUAUAUGCAAUAACAAGGUUUUAAAAAAUAAUAAAAAAGAAGCGAGACUAUUAGACAAAGUAUUUAUGUAAUUAUUUGAUAACUCUUGUAAAUAGGUGGAAUAUGAAUGCUCGGAAAAUUAAACUUUAAUUUAUUGACAUUGUACAUAGCUCUAUGUAAAUAGGAUUGCAGCUGUCAGGUAUUUUCCUUUAUCCGUUUUAUUUCAAGGUCACACAAUCGCUUUUAACACUAGGAAACACACGUAUGCACCAACAGUAACACUUUCAAAAGAG